GGCAAGUGUUCAGAAUGAUCCCGAGGGAUUUGACUGCAGUUUGCCAACCUCAGAUGUUUCCCAUUCGGAACCCUCGGGCGGCUGGGAGCUGGGAAGCGCCUGUCGGCAGCGUCUCUGCUUCCUGGAGGGGUUUAUUGCAGUUAAGCAUCGCUGGGAUGUACACGGCAAACGGGCUCCAAUGGCGUCUGCGGAGUGCUAUCACCCCCUGCAAGUGAGGAGCACCGAAGCCGGUGACAUAGCCCCCAGCUCCCGGCUGGAGUUGAGAGGGAACGGCGGCUGGAGCCGGGAGCUUUCAGCACCGCGGACAGCUCCGCGACUCGGCGGCGAGCAGGAGACCUCGUUCAGCAACUCACCCGCGGCCAACGACACGGGGCACGGGGCUGGGGCUGUGCCCCCCCACAGCAACCGGGACAGAACCCAGGAGACGUCGCCCCGCUCCGAGGAGGAGCCGGAGUCCGAGGGAGCAGCCCAGCCGGUUGAUUAUGGCUUCACAGUGGCGCUGGUGUUCCUUGUGGCCGGUAUCACGUUGGUGGUUAUCGCCUAUGCCAUCCCGAGGGAGUCUAAGGUGGAUCCGGACACGGUGACAGCCCGGGAGAUGGAGAGGCUAGAAUUACAUUACGCCUUGUUAGGGUCUCACUUGGACAAAUGCAUCAUCGCUGGCUUGGGGCUGCUGACACUGGGAGGCAUGCUGCUUUCCUUAUUACUCAUGGUGUCUAUCUGCAAAGGUGAGUUGUACGGGAGAAGGAACUUUAUGGUCAGUGGCAGAGCCAGAAAGACCUAUGGGUCCAUAAACCUGAGAAUGAGACCCACAGACGGCGACGGACAUCAAUCCCUGGUGGAGUCUGAAGUUCUGCAACCUACGGAGAAUGUCAGCCAGACCGGCUCCUGAGCAAGCUCUGUCUGCUAGCUGCAAAUAUCCUUCCUGUGAGAGCUAUCCUAGUCAGCCGUUACCCAGUGAGUAUUUAAGCAUGUGUUUGUUCACGGAUUGUGCGAUAGAGUGCAUCGCAACACACUCCGCAAUGAGCCAAUGAACCGAAUUUCAAACUUUGGCUUCCUCUUGAACCUCGGCCCCAGUGUACGGGAGCCAGUCCCUGUUCAGGGAGAAGUUGGGCUGAAAUUUACGUUGACUGUCGGGAUGUAUGAAAAGGUCUGGGUGUUGGGGUGGGACGGGAGGUGUCACCACCUACUAGUCCUGUACAUAUGAGUAACUCUGCAAUUCUGCCUCAAACAUUGAAUUGGUUGGGCGGCUUAACACAAUGCAGCAUCACUACAACGUGGAACAUGUCCUAAGUCCGGUACAGAAUGCACCCCAGGCUGAGAGAAUGCGAAACAGAAUGAAUCCCACACGGGCUAAAUAACAGAAAGAUUAAAUUCCAAACAGAUUCGAACCUACACAGACAUGCCAGAGUAACAACGCUCCACACAGGUUGGAUUCUGCUGCAACUACAUUCUGUGUAGAUAGAAUUCCAUAGAAAGGCAUUUCAGGUAGACUGCAUCUCAGUCCCUACAGCAGUGAUGUCUCACACAGACUGAAUCCCAUAUAGUUUCAAGCAAACAGAAGCUAACACAACCUGAAUGCCACACAGACUGGAUCCUUCACAAGAGUGCACACACAAUGUACAGAGCUUUUCAUGCAAAGGGUGUCCACAAAAUAUUGCUGGCACUCUAAAUUAAAGUGUGGUCUGGUAUAUUAUGUUACAAUGUAAUACAAAUCCCUCAUUUGAUGCAAGUAUUUAGAGGCUGAAUUAACAUUUUAAACAUUGAUAUGUAAAUUGGCAGGUAUGGAAUUGUUGUAACUCUGGUGUAGCAACAAUGGGGAAUUUUUAUAGGAUUUUUCCAAUUGCUCUGAGGAAGAAUAAUUUAAAGUUUGGUAAAAUUAAAUAAGAUGAGGCUUUGGUAGUGAAGUUUCAUCAAGCAAGUGGGAGAUCUUCAUAGAAAAUCACCCUCAGUGUGUCAGGCAGACCAGAAAGUUCCAGGUUCAGUCCUCACAAUCUGUGCUGAGUUGGUCAAUCUCAUUUAGGGCAGGACCAGUUCACAAGACCAUGAUAUUGUGUAGAAAAUAAUUCAUUCUCAUGUUUUUGAGUAUCUCUGGCCAGACUAGCAUUUAUUUCCUGUUUGCUUGAAAAGUUUGCUGACCUGUAUCCUUCCUGAAAAGCUGCAAAUUUUUUGUGGAAGUGUUCUCACAAUGCUACCAGACAUGAAGGUCCAGAAUAUUGGCAAUUUCAAUGAUGGGAUUGAUAAGGUCGCCAUUUGGUCCAUCCUAGCUUACUUGCCUCGGAAAAUCCAAGCAGUCCAGUAACCAUCAAUUUCUUCAACAAUUUGUUUUUCAUUUUGCAGUUAUGAUUCUUCCUGGAAACCAUUUUAUCUAUUGACUAAGUUUCUGUGAAGUUUAACUUCCUAACAUAUGUCAUCUGUCAUUACAUUGAAUCUGCCCACUUUACCUCACCAUUGUAUUUAAUCUGAAGUCAUGCAUGAUUACUUUCUGUAAUUACAUUCUAUACAGGGCAGCACGGUGGCUCAAUGGUUAGCACUGCUGCCUCACAGCGCCAGGGACCCAGGUUCAGUUUCACCCUUGGGUGACUGUGUGGAGUUUGCACAUUCAGGAAACCCGCAUGGGUUUCCUUCAGUUGCUCUGGUUUCCUCCCACAGUCCAAAGAUGAGCGGGCUAGGUGGAUUAGCCAUGCUAAAUUGCCCAUAGUGUUCAGGGAUGUGUAGAUCAGAGGGGAUGGGUCUGGGUGGGAUGCACUGAGUGUCGGUGUGGGCUUGUUGGGCUGAAGGGCCUGCUUCCACACUGUAGGGAUUCUAUGAUGAUGAUAUCAUUUACAGAACCAUCUUCUACACAGCUUUAACCUGAGGAUUUGUCUUUUAGCUAUACCCUGUAGUGUACUUCCUAUGGUUUCUAUUAGCAUUCCACAAGUAGUUUGAUUGCUCUUGGGACAGAAAAUAGCCAAGGUUUCAGCUCUUGAAUUGAAUCCAGUGAUUGUAGCCCCUAGCUGAAGACUCCAACCCUAUGCUCAGAUGUUCAUGCUCACACAUAAUAAAUGAUCACUUUGAAGAGACACAGGCUUCUAGAAGCAUCACUUUUAAGAGAGAAGGAAAUAAACUAAAAAUUUCACAAAACUAUUUGUUCAAGACUUGUUAUAAUGUUACUACACAUAGUGAGUUGGCAGCCUUUACAGCAUUUAUAUUGAUGUUUUGUUCCUUUUAUUUAAAAUAUAGAACUUUGCAGAAGAUCAUAACACUUCAAAAUUAUACUUUAUAUAGAUUUUAGUUUUUAAUUAUUUAAUAAAUCCAUAUUUCAAAAAGUGUAAUAUAUAAAACCUCUAAGGUGUGUAAUUGACCUGAGGUCAUCUUGCUUUUAGAAAAUUUCAGUAUAUGCUGUACAACAAAUGGACUCUACCAAAUGUAUUGUUAUAUACUGUUGUCUGUUAUAUAUCAUAGGGCUUCUAAACAGACUGUUAGCAGGUAGAAGAUUGAGUUUUUUUUUAACUUUUUUAAUAGUGCAAUAUUUCUGAUGUGUAAAUACCUUCUGAAGCAUACAUUGCCCAGAGGAAAGAGCAACAUGUUCUCUUGUAUUAAGUGGCAGUGUGCUUUUGAUAAAAUACUGUAAGUUCUAAGCUGCAGAUUUUGUCAUAUGCUCGAAAAUUGUUGUAAUUAUUUGAAGUUUAUUCAUAUGUUCUUUAUGUUUCUCUGCAUAAUCACUUUUUAAUCACUUUUUAAUCAACAUACAUUGUAUAUUCAGUAUUCUGCCGUGCCUACAAAAACUACAAGACAAUAAAAAUAAAAAUGGAAGAAUCUAUUGGCAUGACUUUUCCAUUUCUUGGUCAAUUCAGUUUUAUCA